UAAGUGAGAAGGCUGACAGCUGUGGAGCAGGUCUGAGGUGCGCUGGGUUCCUGCUCUGGAUGGUCGUGGUGCUCGGAUUUUCUGCUGUCACAAAAGAAAAGAAAAGAAAGUAAAGAUGAAGGCCAUGAGUCCUGUUCGCUCGGUGAGAAGCUGCUACGAGGCUGUGUGUUGUAUUUCGGAGCAGAGUUUGUCCAUCAGCCGGAGCCGGGGUCCGAGCGAGGAGCCGGUUGGAGCUCUGAACGACAUGAACGACUGUUACUCCCGCCUGAAGGAGCUGGUCCCGAGCAUUCCGCAGAAUAAAUCCGUCAGCCAGAUCGAGAUCCUGCAGCAUGUCAUCGACUAUAUUUUUGAUCUCCAGAUCGCUCUGGAAAGUCCUACAGGCACUCCGGACAUGCUCAAGGCACUGAAGAGCUCGGAGAUCAAGCACAGUCUGUCCAAAGAAAGUGAUGGAGCUCUGUGCCAUUAGAAGAGCGCACGCGCCUCAUGGUUUUUCCAUCGGUGCAGGACAGAAACUUCUCCACUCAUGGACAAGAGAGAGGGAGUGAAGGGGCUGAACACACACACACACACACACACACACUCACACAAGGAGUUCAGCUGGCUAUUCAGAGUGUGGGAAAAGAACCUGCACCCCACUUGAACCAUGGAGUCUUUGGUCACUGGACACUUGAACACACCAAAGCUGAAGAUUUCUGAAGUUUGGAUGGAAAGCUCUCAUAUAAAGUUUUUUUUUUUUUUUUUUUAAAUAUACAAUCAUUCCUCUUUUUGUGAUGCUACAAUCAGGCAUUGUGUAUUGCUGACUGGUUACAUUCCAAGCUAUUUGGAUCUCUCUCUCUCUCUCUCUCUCUCUCUCUCUCUCUCUCUCAGUGAUAACACUGCAGUUUGUUUGUUUGUUUUUUAUAUAAAGUAGUUUCCAGUUCAUUUGGUCACAGAUAUUAAAUUCUUUAUCACAUAAGUACAUGUACAUAUUCAUUUUUUUUUUUAUUAUUUUUUGACGGAGUCAGGUGUGUAUGGAUUCUAGACAGAUUAUAAUGUGAACUCUAUAAAUAUAGAGUGAAUUGUAAAAGUUUGUGGGGAUUCUACAUUUCUGCAGACUGUAUAUGUAUCUGCUGAGUUUUAUAAACUCUUCUCAGUUGUGUUUUGUACAUGAUUCACUUUUUUUGCAUAAUGAAAUAAAUCACUUGAAGAAAACAAA